AUGGCGGAUUCGGAUUCUGACUCUGACGACUCAGUCAACUAUGACAAUGAAAAUGAACAAGGUGUGGGCAGUUAUGUCUACAGCAAAGAUGUCAAAAGUUUCGAGGAACAAUACAAGGCAGCAGUCAAGGCAAUAAAAACAACAAACGACAGAGAAAUCGACGUUGAUGAGUUUCUUUCUGCACACGGCGCCAUUGCUGGCCAGUCCGCUGGCCAUGGCUCAGAAAAUCUAUUGCACGCUAUAGUAGAUAUGAUCAAACGCGACGACAUGAAAUCAGAACAUGUGAGAUGUCUUGUUCAGCGACUAGUCGAGUAUUAUCCGAAGCUUCUGCUACAUCAAAACAACGACGGAUACAACCCAUUACAUAUGGCAAUUAGAGACUCCGCCAAGAAUACAGAUGCAACUAGACCGUCUGCUAGGCAAAACCUUGAAAUAACGCUCCUACAGACCGCGCAGGGCGGAAGAACAACUCUUCAUGCUGCUUUCUCAGGCAACUUGAACCUCAGCACGGCUAGAAUGUUGAUAGAGAAUGCUAGCGACGACGCUUUGGAAGCUCAAGACGAUAAAAAUAAUACGCCGAUGCACUACGCGGCAUCGUUCAAGCAAUGCACUGACGCUGGCGCUGAAAUCAUAGCUCUGCUUAUUGCCCGAGACUUGGAGGCUCUUCGCCGAAAAAAUUCAUCCGAGGCAACCUUUCUCGACUUAGCAAACGCCGAGGGACGCUCCGUUUAUGAGGAACUUCAAUUUUCAAGACAAAACGAAAUUAGGCGACAACGAGCGAGGAAGAAGCAGCGCGCUCCGAAUCAAAUACCUGAUCAAUCAGUCAACAGCAAAGCGCAAAUCAGCGUGCAAGUCAGCGCAAGAGAAGCUGCACCCUCGUUGGAAUAUAGUAGUAAAGAGGCAAAAUUAGACGACCGCGAAAGGGAGAGACAGCAAAAAAAGAAAGAGGAGGCUGAGAGGUUAAAAGCAGAGGCAGAAGCGCUCGCACGAAAGAGCCGUAUUGACUUCGUAAAAGGCCAAGGAACUACUGGCCGUGACGCCAGUAGGAACUCUCAGUCUCAGACGAACGAUAUAGAGAGUCAAAUUCUUACAGUGCCAUCCACUUUGGAUGAUGGGAGGAAGACGAUGAAGUCAGUCGAGUCGUUAGCUAAUAUGUCUAUCAAAAGAAAAGACACGGGUCGAUUGGAUGGCAAGCUAGAACAAGGUGGUCUUGCCGCUGAAGCUCCUCCUGUUGCCAGUAAACCCAAUAUUCAAGGCGACUUCAAUGUUAAGCGAAAGGUCUCCAAGGAGAUUCUGCUAAAAUUGAAGUUACAUUACAUGAGAACUAGAACCUCCGAGAUGGUCCUUAGUUUCCUUUAUGGAGCGAAUAUGAACGAUGUCCAAAUCAGCUUUGAUUACGAUCGUUUGCCAGCCAAGGUUGUGUGGAACGAGUUUGAGAAGCAGUUUGGCAGAGACAACAAAUCUGGGUUCAAAUUUGAUAGAGUUUUACAAUACGUAACUUUUCCCCAAGUUGAAGUCACCGUCAAGGGUCGUCUUAUGGACCGGCAGAUGGGAGCAGACAAAGGUCAACAGGAGCAUCUUGGCCGUAAAGACAUGGUGCACUUCUUUAACUGGCUUUAUGAGAAGGGGGUUCGUCACAUCAUUAGAGUAACCGUCAAUGACUCUGGCGACCCAGGAGAAAAGAUUCAUACAGACCAGUCAAUUCAACAAUGCCUUGAGCGCUUUGUUGUGGAAUCACUUGACUGGCAAAAGACAGACUUGGACCCAGAGACAAUCCUCAGAAAUGUGGAGCUUCUCCCUGAUAGGCAAUUGAGAGAGCUACGACUCAGAUGGAGUGGGAAUAAUGCUGUACUUCGGGCAUGGAGCGAGCCAGAAGGCUUGGCAAUGCUGCCUCGAUUGGAAAGAGUCCAUCUUCUGACUCCGCCGGCUGGCAAAAUGUUUGAUGAUCCUCAGUGGAUUAAACUAAAGGUCGAAGAGUUUCGACUGAGACUCAACAAGAACUUUAGAAGAGCUCGAGAUGAAGAUCCAAAAGUGGGACAAGAGGAUUCUUUUCAGGCAACCAACGAAAUAGAAGUAUUACUUGAAGCCAUAGAUAUGGAUGGUAGCUCCAAGCUCACGGCUCGAGGUGUUUCGAAUUUCACAACAUCCACUUCUGUUCAGGGCCUCAACUCACAUCGAUGGUUGAACUCUACAUCCAGAUUUGCCGGCGAAAUGAGGUCCUUCUGGAAUAAUACAGUAGAACAAUGGAAUAACAUUCAUAACAAGCUACCACGACCCGAGGAUGACUUUGAAAGCGACGUUGUUGUUGCUUUGAUCGACGACGGCGUCGAUAGGUUGGAUAAUACCCUAUCUGGCCAAAUUCUAGAAGGGAAAAGUUUCGAUUAUCAUGAUGGUCAGGUACGGCCGCCAUUUUCCUCGGCGAGAGGCCAUGGGACGGUCAUGGCCAGUAUGAUCCUGCGUGUAUGCCCUAUGGCCAAGAUUUAUCCUAUACGACUCAAGACGUAUGAUGUUAGUGGAGGCAAAAGUCAAAUUGACCGAAAAUACGCAGCGAAGGCAAUCGAAGCAGCGCUCGCAAAAAAUGCGACUAUUAUUUCUAUGUCAUGGACGCUGCCGAAAUCAUCGGCAGAGAAUGAAACUAAAGAUGAGCUUCACGAGAUUCUAGAGGUGGCAGUCAAACGAAAAGUCAUCAUGUUCUGCUCGUCGCCCGAUGCAGGGAAGUUCACCGAACUCGACUAUCCAAGCGGCCCAUGGCGUAGCCGUUUCUUUCGUAUCGGCGCCGCUCGUGCUGAUGGCACCGUUUUUGAAUGGACACCCGAGGACGGAAUUUCCUUUGUCCUCCCCGGCGUCGACGUCGUCAAAGAGCAGGCGGGGAGGACCUCGUCAGAGACGCAGUCAUUUGGCGUGACAAGUCGUGUGGCCGACUUCAAGUACGAGACUGGUUCGAGUGUGGCUACGGCUCUGGCCGCCGGUUUGGCCGCCAUGAUUAUUUACUGCGUCAAGGCCAGCAUCAUGGCCCUCAGGAUUGCCAAUCAGAACAUGGAUUCUGUGAUAGGCAUUGCGAUUACGAAUGGCGAUUUGAAGAGGAUUUCUGAGCACGAUGCCAUGAAACAGGCCUUUUCCACCCUAGGCAACGUAACGGCUAGCAGAUUUAUUCAGGUCUGGGAGAAGCUAGAUGCCAUCAGCGAUAAACUGGAGGUUGCACAGUCCAAGGUACUCAUGGAUGAUGAAAAAAGGGAACUCACACAGUCGUUUGUAAACUUUGCAUCGAUGCUACUCAACGGUAAGCAAUCAGAUGUGAAUAUGGGAGAAUAUAAUGGGCUCGGCAUGUAG